AUGACAUUCGACUACGGUUUUACCACUCUGGGAGAUCACGAUACGGAAGCAAUAUCUUCUUGGCAGAUGUUGCUGGAGCAGGCGAUAGCUCUGGUCAUGGGACUCACAAUGCGACGCGAAGGAGUCGAGCAUCGUCCCAUUGUCUUCGUUUGCCACAGCUUCGGCGCCUUCAUCCUCAAAAAGGCCUUGAUCAUCGCCAAAGAGCAACAUCAGUUCCGCCAUAUCCUGGAAAACACUGGCGGUAUCGUCUUUCUCGGCUGCCUUCACAACGAGAACCAUCCGAACGUUGAAGAGCUAUGUAUCAAAUGUUCAGCCGUCGAACUUGGAGCCAUGAAGAAGGCUGAGCCUUUGAGAAGGUCCGGUGACUGGCAUGCUAUCAAAGAGGUCAUGGAACGAUUUCGCACGCUGGAUGCACCCUUUCGGGUUCGCGGUUUCUUCGAACUCAAACCCACCAUGUAUCAAGUCGGUCGAUUUUCCGUUGUCAGGAAGUCUGAAUGUGUUAGUUUCUCUUCAUUGAAGUCUAGUCUCUGGCCCUCAAAGCUAACCUUAGACUUCAAGUUGUGCCCAAAGCACGUAUCCUCGUUGGGCUGGGACAACGAACAAGUUCUUGGGGUCGACGCGAAUCAUGAACAAAUAAUUACCUUCCCCCCUAGAAGUGACCAGCAGUUCUUCGAUAUUUUGAUGACUACAAUCGAGGGAUUGGUUGAUGCCGUGUGUCCAGCCUCUACUCGACCGGCCUUUACCUGUUCUGAAGAACCAUCGAAUCUAUCGGAGCCCUGGCAAGUCUUCCAGGAUCCUCCCUCGAAUGUUUCCCAGUUGAGUAUUCUUUCAGGUAUCAAAGAUAUGCACAUCGACAAGUCGCUGUUAGGUCUUGACACCAAAAGUCAGGUCACCCCCAAGGCUGUGAUUCCAUGUUUUGUCACUACACCAUAUGAAGAAAAUCCCAGAUUUAUUGGUAGGGAUGAUAUCCUUCAUGAAAUUCAUCAAGCCCUUACAACAACAAAUGACACGAUGAAAUCGCGGAAGACAUUUGCCUUGGCAGGUCUCGGUGGUAUGGGCAAAACACAAAUCGCCAUCGAGUACACAUUUCGCUACCGUGAAGCCUACCAGGUAAUCCUCUGGGCCCAUGCCGACGGCAAGGCGAAACUGGCAGAGAGCUAUCUUACCUUUGCUCAAGAGCUCGGAAUCGCCAAUGACGAGAAGAUGAGUCCAGAGUCUGCGAAACAGCUUGUGAAGGAAUGCCUGACUGCACUCGGUAAGAGUUUUGAUCUACUUGCUAUAGCAUACUCUAAUGGGCUCACAGACGUCAAUUGGCUCUUGGUUUUCGACAAUGCAGAUGGCGACGACAAGGAAGAAUUGCUCAAAGAGUAUCUUCCUGUUGGUCAACAAGGGUCUGUGCUAGUUACCACCCGCGACUUUCGUCUUAUUGCGCAGAUGGGUGGCAUAGAGCUCACAGUUCUAGAUGCCGAAAGUGCUGUCAAUCUCUUGACUAUAAUGUCGUGCUUCGACAGCAGCAAAUUAGAUGACAAAGAAGGAAAGGAAGAGCUUCAUGCUGCUCUUCAUAUCGUCAAGAGAGUCGACUGUUUACCAUUGGCAAUUAUGCACGCCGCCAAUCUGAUACUUUCUGAUGCCUGUUCUUUUUCGGAGUUCUUCGAGGCCUAUAACAACCGGGAAUUGAUUCAGGAUUGCGAAGAGGUCAGACUGGUCGAUCAGUCUAAUGGGGCAUCCUAUCGCUACUCACUUCGAACUGUCUGGAAUAUGAACUUUGACCGUCUGCAACCUGGACCACAAAGCCUGAUAAAGACUCUGUCAUAUAUGGAUCCAGACAGAAUUCAACUCCGCCACUUGGCAGAAGGGGUGGAGAAAGUCGAUGAUCCGGCACUAAGCUUCAUGGGUAACGCGUAUAAAAGAAACAAGCUGAAAAGCCAACUCUUGCGGAGCUCCCUUGUGAGUCAGAGCGAAAAGCACAAGGAACUCCGGAUGCACAGACUGGUGCAAGCAUCAUGUCAUCUGCGUAUGGAUCUUGAUCAACGCCGGGAGAGUUUUAAUAAUGCGCUCACCAUCGUCAAAAACUGCUGGCCAGUUCCACCUCGAUCCGCCAUCUACGACCCCUCCUUAUGGGAUGCACAACAAGCUCUUCUGCCACAUGUUCAAUCUCUUUGUGCACAUUACAUCGCCUCAUAUGAAGAGGGUAACCCACUCAUUCCGCACGAAACCGUAACUUGGGAUUUUGCCAAGAUUCUAUACGAGGCAGGAUGGUAUUGUUACGAAAGGGGGCUCCUUGGCUUAAUUAAUGACCUUCUCUUGCCAGCAGAACAGUACUGCCUCCGCCACCUCGGCAAAGGUGGCGGUUAUCGCAUUCUAGCCGAUAUUUACGGUGGCAUUGGUUCGCUUCACACCGAAUCAAAUAUGUUCCAGCAAGCCCAUGAUAGUUUUCGUAGAGAAUGGGACUAUCUCAAACUCGCGUUUGAAUGCGGAGAGCUUCAGAGACCGAGUAUUUGGGAGGUUUUCGGCCUAGCUCGCCUCGGGAAUGGGUUACAUGGCUUGAACAGAUACAAGGAAGCUGAAGACUACUAUCAUAGAGCCUUGAAAGCAUGGGGAGACCUUCCUGGAGAUCGCACGGUAUACACGACAAACCUCGCCAUUUGUUUGUGGUUGCAGGGACGGUUGAAUGAUGCUGAAAAGAGGCUCCGACCCCUUGUCAAGGACAAAGAGGACGCAACCAAUUUCAGGACAGGAUAUGCACUUCUAGCUUUGGGCAAUGUCGAAAUCAGCCAAGCUCGAUCACUGACAGAGAAAGGCAGAAAGAAGGAGUCGGAGGCCAAGUACAAAGAGGCCAUGGAGACUCAUUUGCAGUCUCUCAAGCUGUACAUCCAGACGAUUGGACCAAGACACCACCGAACGGCAGAUACUUACCACAAAGUCGGCUGGCAUUUGCAUCUUUGGGGCAACUAUGCUGCAGCAUUAUCAAUGCUUGAGAAGGCAUUAGGCAUUUAUUUGAUAAAUCCCGAGCAUCUCAAGAAUGAGAUUGCCCGCACGAGGUACAAAAGGGGCUGUAUCUACCAAGACAUGGGUGACCGACAGAGGGGCACGGUAGAAAUUCGCGAGGCAGAGAGGAUGAGGAAGGAGAUUAUUGGGUCAGAGAAUUGGCAGCCUGCAACGGGCGAAGAGGACUUUGACGCCAUAGUUCAGUUCUGGAGCAGAUGA